AAAUGGCGGAUGCGGUGUGGUGGACACAGAAUGUGUAUUCUCAGUGCAACUGAGUCGCUAAUCUUUAACUUCCAGUGACUAUGGGAAAACAUAAAGGAAGGGGAAAACAAGCCUCGCAUCGUCAUAAGCUUAGUAAGAGUUCAAGGUUUGAAGCUUCUUUCAACGGAACGGGAGAUUUGGAGGGUUUUGAGAAGGACAUCACGCGAGGUAAACUUUACUACUGUAGCUGUGUAUAAACAGUUUUUUGUUUUUAGUACGUCCACUAAAGCUUUGUGUUGUUGGUCAUAUCUGCCAUGAAUGUUUACUAGAAAGGCUGAUAUUUAGCGGCAAAGUUCGUGUUUCAUUCCGAUCCAUUUCAGGUGACCGUGAGCCGAAAGACUAUGGUCGAGGUUUUCCUUUUCCCUUGGCUAUGUGGGUAAGUUUACAUGUUUUAUAGGAUGUAGAAUUCUGUCAUCAUUAAUUACAAUAAAAAGGUUAACACGCAAAGUGUGUUAUAUUUCUAAAUAGUCACGCAUUCUUAAGUAGGUUCUAUUAUUAAAUUCCAUGUUCACGGUUAUUGUUGCUGGGAGAAUGGAAAUUUUGAACUGAACAGUAGAAUCCCCUACCAAAGCUGAUUUCCUUUCACCAGCCAAACACUGUAAUUUAACCCUUGAGUUUUCAAGCCUCCUGAGUGGUUGUAAAAAUCAAGACUCCACAGUGAGAGGAAUACACACCCCCUCCCCCGAAAAUGGCAAGAGGGGGCUCUCUCUCUCUCUCCCUCUCUCUUGCUGCUUUUCAUUUUCCAGCAGAAGAGUGCAGCUGCACUUGAAUUAGGUAGCGGUUAUGACAUGGUGAACAAAAGAACAAUCAUACUGGGGCCAUAGAGGGGUCACUUAAGUUAAACAUACAGUACAAGCUUCCCAUAGGCAGACAUCCUUGGAAGAUGUGCUUAAAGUAACUGCUAUUGGGAAGAUCGAGGCAGAGGUCCUACUGAAAUACCAUAAAAUUCCGCAAAAAUAAGCUCCUCCAAAUAUAAGCCCCUCAAAAAGGGCCUUUGAAAAAUAUAAGCCCCGUCGCUUAUUUUCGAAAUUUUAUGCUAUUUUAGAGCGGGCCUAAUUUAUUAUCGCAAGAGUAAUUUCCCUUGGUUUUGCUAGUUUUAAAGAUGAAAGUAAACUUUAAACUUCAUUAUUGAUAAUCACCCUAUAUAACGACAGUAGAAUCCCGAUUUCUUGAAUCUUUGGUUUUUUCAAAACAUGAUAAUUUGAACACAACCUAACUUCUCUUUGCCAGUCAAGCACUCAAAACUUCACCCUUGAUUUUUCAAUAAUUGAAUAAUAUUUACUCUUCCUUCUGUAGUCCGAAAAACUGGGAUUCCACUGUAAUUAAACGACCAAAGCAUGCACAAAGACACUUGCCUUUUAAUGGAUUUCCUAAAAUUCCAAAUACUUACUAUGUUAUCUAAUCAACGUUUUUAGGACCUAGAGCAGUGUGACCCAAAGAAGUGUUCAGGGAGAAAACUUUCACGACUUGGUUUUGUGAAAACACUGAAACUCUCUCAGAGAUUUAAUGGUCUCAUUUUAAGUCCUUUGGGCAAGCAAUGUGUUUCACCUCAAGACCACACUAUCAUUAUGGAACAUGGCCUUGCUGUUAUUGACUGUUCAUGGGCCAAGUUAGAGGCAACACCAUUUGGCCGAAUGAAAGGUGGUCACUUGCGGCUAUUGCCGUACUUGGUUGCAGCAAAUCCCAUAAAUUAUGGAAGGCCAUGUAAACUGUCUUGUGUUGAGGCUUUUGCUGCAACAUUGUAUAUUGUUGGUAAGUUUAAAGUGGUAUUAAUAGUACUGCUCUGUAAUCUCUUACUCACUUUGUUCUCCCUACUAUCUGGGAUGAAAAAGUUAUUUUCACUGGAAUUGUAGUAUUUUUUUCAUUCAUUUACUUUAAUGACAACCUCAUUAACUUUUUCCUGUUUCUCAAACUCCCCACUGUCUCAGACAGUUUAAUACUGUCCUAACAUGGAUAAUACUGUUAAGUUAUUGACAGUUAGGCAAUAUCUUGCCCAAUACCUUUUUGGUGUGAAGUGUGUCACGGCAGGUUGAUAUAUAUUAUUUUUCUUUUAAUUUCUCAGAUUUCAAAACGUCACAUAUACAGGUAGAAACAAUUUCUGUCAUUUAAAUGACUUCAUCAUAACAUUUCAGUGUUAUUCCUGUUACAGGACAGCAAGAUCUGGGUGCAAUUCUCCUGAAAAGAUUCAAAUGGGGCUCAUCAUUUUAUGAACUAAACAGGUUAACAAGUCAAUAUUAUUGGGUUGUUUAAGAAUUCCAGCCUUAAAAGUGUUAAUACCAGUUGGUAUUUACUGUAUAAAUAACAGUAUGCAGGAAGCCCCAAAAGUUUGUUCUUCUUUAAUAUUUCAUGCGCCAUAACUUUUGAUUGAAACUACACUUCUACAUGAAAUUUGUUAAAGAUACAUGUAUUCAGAAAGUCAAUAUCCGGUAUGUCCAGGGUGCAAAGAAAGUCAGUUUUACAGCCUGCCAUUCGGGCAAGCUGUAGCUAGCAUGUACUAGCCCACGAGUCAUUUCAACUAGCCCCAAAACCCUUUUUGAUUAGCAGGAUUGAUUGCAAUCCGUCUGUAAUUUGAAUUUCCCCAUAAAAUUUACUUGCCCGUUGGGUAAGUUAAGCACAAAAAUCACUAGCCUGAAACCAAAAUCCACUUACCCCAGGCUAUCGGACACGACUUUCUUUGCACGCUGAUGUCCCCCUUUGUUUGUUAUCACAUUCUGUAGCCAUUGCGGCAUGGAAUGGAUAACACCCUCUUUGAUCUGCUUCGAUCACCCUCCUCGAUCUGCUUAAUUCUUCAUAUCCUACUCAGCCUCAUUCAUUAAUUGCUGAUGAUUACUUACUAGAUGCAAAGCCAAUUGCUGAGACCUUCUGAAAAUGUUAUUUUGAUAUGAUGAAAAUUUUGCUCACACUUUUUUAGGCAUAAAAUUCCAUUUAUCUAGCUAUGUAUUUUGGAUUUAGUUAUUUAUUUAGAUUAUUUUAUUUAUUUUUUAACCAACUGGCAGGAUUAGCUGAGUCACUAGAGCGCUUGACUGCAGAGCAGGAGGUUGCGGGUUCGAUUCCUGGGGCUGGACCAAUAUUCAGGGUCUUAAAAUAACUGAGAAAUGAAGGCACUCCCUUUGCACUGCAAGCAGCUAGAACUUUGCGUGGCUCAGAUGACCACGUAAAAUGGUGGUCCCAUCUCCAGUUGGAGAUGUAAAAAUAGUGUCCUCAAUUAGCACUUUCGUGUUAAAUACCUUGACACUAAAAAAAAGUGCAAUAUGCCUUUCAGGGAUCUUCUGGAUCAGUAUGCAGCAUGUGGAUCAAGUAGGGAAGUGGUUGAAGUUCAGGACAAAUGGCUGCAAGAGUGUGAGAAAGAACAAGAACAACGUGCCUCACAAGGUAUUUAGCCUUGGAUCAUGUGACAUAGCUUCACUUUUCACUACUAUCAUAGAUAAUAUCCUCAACUAUGAUCAUGCUAACUUCUUUCUCUUUAAAGGGACAGUUAGAACUCCCAACAAAAUGUAGUUUAGGCAAAGUUAAACUUGAAACUGUGCUGGCCAGUGAUCUCGAUUGUAGUGGCUCAGUGGGGUAAGCCCAGGUAUUAAAGUUGAAGGGCUUGAUGACUUUACAGGGAUCAAAUUGCUGGGUUUCAUUGCACAAUAUUAAGUGUGGUGUUUUGCGUUUAAGCUGCCUUGUACCUAUUUCUUCCCCAUCCCUUUUUUGGUAAGUGUGUACUAUACUUUAUUUCUACUGAUCAUUUUGGUCAGUGUGAUGGUGCUGGGGGUGAACGCCACUUACUGGUUGCCAUGGAUACAUUGUGUUUAUCUCUUAUGUCCUUAGCAUCACCAUUCUCUAGGGUACCUUCACCCAACCUCAUCUAUUGUUGAUGAAUUUAAUAGCAUAAAAGACACAAACAUGCCUUUGUUAAAUGUGUGAGUGUUGGAAUAAGAUGAUGCUACUUGGACAGUGUAUUUACAGGUAUUGCAAACUUGUAAGAGAAAACGGAGCAAUGUAGGUUUCUUGGACACUGCCCACAGACCCCUCCCCUAACCCAAUAUUUUGCCCUAAGUGAGAAGUAUGGUAACUGUUAAUGCUGACUUAGUCGGGGGGGGGGGUAGAUGGGCAGAAAUCCAAAUUCAUCCGAGAAAACGUCCACAAAAGAAAUUAUAGAGCUACUGUAAAUUACUGUGAUGGAUACAAUUUAGAUACUUGACAUGUAUUUGACAUAGUACUUAAUCGAUGAAGUCCUCGGGUCCUAAAAAGCGCCCAGCCAGAAGAAAUAAAAAUGUAAUAAAAGUGGGAGGGGACUAAAUAGCCAAGUGUUUCUAAACUAUCUGUUUUAUUUGUCAACAGAUUUGAUGAACAUUGAUCUGACCAAAGAACAUUUCAAUCCUAACCGUCCCCUAUUCAGGUUUGUUUAUCAGCAUUCACAAUAAUAACACAGAUAAGCGAUAGCAAGUUAGUACCCCAUUCACUUCCAAAAACAAGUGCAAGAGCUAUUUACCUCACGGGACUUGGUCAUGCAAGGGGCUUGGACAUGUUCAGCACUAGACCAACUGGUCACAGAGAGUAUUUACCAUUUACAUGGGAAAACCGGAACGUCUGGUUAGAAAAUUAAAUUGUUGGCGCGAUUCUGUUAAAGAAGUUUUAGAAAAUAUCGGCUGUGAUUUGAGGUUGUUCUUUUAAAUUGUACAUACUUUGUAGUGGGUCGUUCUGCCAGCACAUCGAAUUUUCUAGUUUUAUGCACCCAGGGUUGACAAAAGUCAAGCAGCUCCAGACUCAUCCUUAAAGAUCUAGGAUCAUCAACUGGGAGUUGAGUUUAGGCGCAAAAAAAGUUUACAAGAACAGGUACUUUCCCUGGACUCUUCCACAUACAGUUCACUUCCAGAAGCUUAUAUUUUUUGGUCAUUCAGAAUAGGAGAUUUCAAAUUUAUCUUUUUCAACCGAUUUGUUUAGGGUGAUUGCCCAGUGGCCCUCCAGUUUAGUUUGGUGAACUUUCGCCCUUGAAUUUCCCAUUCCAAUUUGUUGUACCUGUGUUUCUAAGGGCGCUUAAAACUAUACAAGAACACAAAGAACUACGGAAUAGUUACAAAGGGAGCACGAACGAUCUAGUUCUCAAGUUUAUACCUGGCAUGUUUCUUAAUAGACUUGAAAAGAUUGUGGUUCUGCUUGUGUCACAACUUCCACAACCAGAAACAUUUAAGGCGCAAAGGUUAGGCGUGCAAAACGAGUGACCUUGUAUAUCUGUGAGGGCUUUGUUGUUUUACUUUACAAAGACUUGGGCAAUGUGCCUAACGCCCCGUGCAAACAAACGCAGCAUUGUUGACCAACUGACUCCCAACAUUGUUGGAUGUUACAUGUUGCGCCCGUUUUCACACCCUCUUACAUGUUGUUGCGUGUUGUUGGUAGUUGUUGCGCAAAGUUUGAAACCGGUCAAUACUUUUAGCUACGUGCAAACGGACGCAAUAACUCAACAUGAGUUGUUGCGUCCGUUUGCACAUAGCUUAACUUUUUACUGAUUUUUUAAAGAAACAAGUGAUAAUAUCAGUCACAGAGAAAAAACCAAAGAAACCCAGAGGAAGUGGAAAUCGAGCAUUUUGCUAAAGAGCGAUUAGCGCAGCAAAUCAGUUUUUAAUAUAAUGGUAGGAAGAGGCCAAAAAUUGAAAGUUUUAAAAGAUUUACUUCAAGCUGGAGUUUUCCCACUUCUUUUGGCAGUUUUUACGCAAUUUUUUUAUAGCUAAAUGUUUUGGCAUUUGGUAGAGAAAUUUAUUUUCUCUUGCUUUUAUCAGCGAGAAAUCAGUUGAAAACGUAAGUGAGGACAGUGAUUAUGGAGAAGAUGAAGGCGACGACAAUGUUAAUUGUAGUGGAGAUGGUGGUGACGUAGAUGAUGAUGAUGAUGAUGAUGAUGAUGACGACGACGACGGCGACGAUGAUGAUGAUAAUGAUGAUGACGGUGAUGUUAGUGAUGGUGAUGGGCAUGAAAAUGAUGAUAACCAGCAGGGUGAAGAUGACGAACGAAGCAGCAUAACAGAAUGUGGUAGUGGCGAUAAAAAUGGACAUAGUCAAUACAAAGAUAACUUUGAAAUACAAAGCGACGAAGUGGCUGCCCAUCGUCAAGCGGGUAAAUUAAGAGGAGUUCUUAGGACAAACCGCCCACGAAGUAAAGUUACCAAGACAGCAAGAGUCAAGUUCCUUAACUGAGAAUGGGCUUGGCUUGAGAAUAGGCUUGCUCAACUAAACGACGGAUAGCUCUGCUAAAGAGUCGUUGUCCAGCGAUUACCGUAAGACUGUCUCUUCAAUAAAUAGACCUUAACUUCGGGUAUGAAGUUAAAGGAUCAGGAGAAUUAGGAGUCUGCCAAUUCAGGAUUCUGUGUAAACUUCAACAACAAAAACAAAAACAACUUUUUUCAUUUAUCUUGAAAGUAUCUUGCAACUCUGUUGGUUGGGAGCAAUUUCGAUCAUAAACCACAUUCGCAGAUGUACGAAAUGUCUCCCCUGAACAACUAGAUAAGUACAUUUUCCUCGCUGAAAAGUGUUUAUUGCGCGCUGAUCACUUGUUAGAGUACGAGCAGUCUCUCUUUUUCUGAGUCCGUCGAGUGAAACGCGGAGGCACAAAAAUGACCACACGCGUGACUGAAGGCGAGGCCCUCGUUUCUCACGCAGACGUGCCCUCUCCUCACCAAAUCUGAAGUUUCGUUCAUACACACCUUAUCGUAUGAAAAUUUAGACCCUAACCUUUCAAAGUUCCUUGUAAGAAAAGCGAAAAUAUUGAAAUGUUCCGCGUGUACGAAGUGUCUCGUCAGAUUUUUCGGCUGUUCGAACGUAGUCUUAGAUUGAGGGGUAUGAGGUACAUUUGAGCUUGGUUUGAGGUACGUCAAGAGCGCCUUUGUUCACUUUGUCCUGUCCUUCGUUCUCAGAGUGCCUUUUUUGCCCUGUAAUGUGUUAUUAAUGGCUUGUUCUUAGCAUUUUAGGCCGCGAGGACUGGUAAAGCUUAAUGUACCGUUAUCACUCAAGGUACUGCCUUUAUUAAUCCUGCUCACAGCUAGACCUUCGCCUGGCUCGUAUGACCACGUAAAAUGGCGGUCCCGUCUCGACGAGUCCCCAGGCCGGUUCACGCUAUCCAAGUGAGCGGACGAGGCCUGGAGGCGAUCUCGAAUUCACAGUCCGACGACAAACCGACAAACUUGACAGGUGACGACACAUCCGAAAUCGCCGAGGACGACUGCUGCCCAGCCAAAUAUAUUGACGUGCAAAAUAGAUUGAAUAAAAG